GCGAGGGAAACAAGUGAAAAACCAACAGAACUGAUCAAACACAACCAUUUGAAAUCGACGACGAAAAAAAAAAAAGAAGAAGAAAAAUGGCGACACUUCGAAUUCCGGCGGUGGUUCCAUCUCCGGCGGAAGACUGUGAAAAACUGAAGAAAUCCUUCCAGGAUGUGUGUUGUUGGAUUAUAGGGUUGGGCACAGAUGAAAAGGCGCUAAUUCGGAUUCUAGGUCGCAGAAAUUCAAAUCAGAGGCGAAAAAUUAAAGAUACUUAUCAACAGCUCUACAAUAAAUCCCUCAUUGAUUGUAUCUUCGCUGAGCUCUCUGGUGAUUUCCAGAAAGCGGUGAUGUUAUGGGCAUACGAUCCAGCUGAAAGAGAUGCAAGGCUUGCGAACGAGGCGAUAAAAUCGAAGAAGAAAACCGUAACAAAAUUACAAGUGAUAGUCGAGAUAGCGUGUGCGAAUUCGCCGCAUCAUCUUGUUGCCGUAAGGCAAGCGUAUUGUUCUCUGUUCGAAUCUUCACUUGAGGAAGAUAUCGUAAAGCAUGCCCCUCUACCCUUUCAAAAGAUCUUGGUUAGUUUGGUGAGUUCUUACAGAUACGAUAAAGAAGUGGUGGAUUGUAAUGUAGCUAAUAUCGAGGCGACUAAAUUACACGAGGCCAUUAAAGCGAAGAAAUUAGACAGUGACGAGUUCUUAUGGAUAUUGAGUACAAGAAACCUGUAUCAACUCAGACAAACUUUCCAGUGUUACAACGAUAAUUACGGCAAAUCCAUAGACAAGGAUAUUAUGGCAUGUAAAGACGGCACUCGUGAGUCGAUUAUGAAAGUAGUGAUUUGGUGCAUAGACUCCCCUGAGAAACACUUUGCUGAGGUUAUAAAAUCUGCGAUAGUCGGGCUAGGAACGGAUGAAAAUUCGCUGACGAGAGCUAUCGUAACGCGGGCAGAAAUCGACAUGAUGAAAGUCAGAGGAGAAUAUUUUAAUUGCUACAGAACUAGUUUGGAUAAUGCUGUCAUUGGAGAUACAUCUGGUGAUUACAAGGACUUCCUCAUGACUUUGCUUGGAGCUAAUAUUUGAUUUAUUUAUUUAUUUAUGGUGUCUGAAUGUUUUGGUGUAAUAUUUAUUUGGGUUUUGAUUUGGUGUUUGGGGUUUGGGAAUUGAAAAUAAAAUCACAUGUGUAUGUAUGUACAUGGUUUUCUAUACUGGAAGAUUGGUUUUCCAGGUGUGUAAUUCUUGUAAGAAUUAAAUUUUUUUUCUUUG